ACAUGAAAACGUGGCUGAGGUUAUCCCCUGCAUUUUUUUUUCGAUGAUUGGCAGUGGCAGUCAGUUCUUUUCAGGGUUACAUGUACUGAAAAAUGACUCCACCAUUUACUUUUUAAUGCAGAGCCUUCAGUUACACACAGUAUCGCGGAUGAAGACUCACAGAGAAGAGUGGAUUUUCACAGGUGUCACCUGUUCUGCUUGGCAUUGUUAAUCUCGCACCCUGUGCUGCGGCUAAAGAUCUGCUUUUGCCGUCUCGACCUGAAGAAACAGUCGUGCACAAUGAAUCGGUACCUGCCUGUGGCCCGGCAGCACUUUCUGGCUGCCCUGGCCAGUACCAGCGUGGUGGUGAAAUCCAUAAGUGUUGUGGUGGUUCUCCUCUACCUGCUAUCAUGGGCCGUCAACACUCCAUACGUGCUGGGGGUGACGCCGGGCUACCUCUUUCCUCCCAACUUCUGGGUGUGGACACUGGUGACCCAUGGAGUGGUGGAGGAGCACAUCUGGUGUGUGGCAACCAGUGUGGGCCUGGUUAUGGCCUGUGGGCGCCUGCUUGAACCUCUGUGGGGCGCGCUGGAGCUUCUUAUCUUUUUCACAGUGGUUAAUGUCUCCGCAGGCCUCCUUGCAGGUUUCUCCUACCUCCUAACCUAUGUGGCCACCUUUAACCUGGACUACCUGUUUGGCGUGCGUGUCCACGGAGCAGCUGGGUUCCUGGGAGGGGUUCUAGUGGCACUGAAGCAGACCAUGGGGGAUACUACAGUGCUCAAAGUGCCACAGGUGAGACUCAAAGCAGCACCGGCUUUGCUGCUCCUCCUUAUGGCCUUACUACGCCUAUCAGGACUACUCGCUAGCUCUGCCCCUCUGGCGGCAUACAGCUAUGGCGCCUUGUCCGGCUGGGUCUACCUGCGGUUCUACCAGCGGCACAGCCGGGGCCGCGGAGAUAUGUCGGACCACUUUGUUGCUAGUUUCUUCCCGGAGGCGUUGCAACCGGCUGUGGGGCUGCUGGCCGGGCUGAUCCACUCGGCCCUGGUGAAGAUGAAGGUCUGCAGAAAGAUGGUGAAACGCUACGAUGUAGGCGCGCCUUCUUCCAUCACUAUUAGCUUGCCCGGAACUGACCCACAGGAUGCUGAAAGAAGAAGGCGGAGUAUUAUAUUUAUUUAUUCAUUUUACUUUAUUCAAUCAGGUUACUCCUACUGA